AUGGCUGUCGAUGUGGCUCCCGUACCGUACUCUACGAUAAUCCUACAUUGCCUGAAGUAUCCUCACAGUGGAGUUUACGGCGUUCUACUAGGCUCGAAGACGGGUAAUAAGAUAAAGGAGGCUGAUCUCCCGGACUUUGCGUUCGACUGCGAAUGCGCUGCGGUGGGCCUUCCGUAUCUCCAUACGGCUCUUCUUCUUCCUCGUAUGAGGAAGCUUCCGAGUGCGCGUAGAGAUCCGGAGGAGCCUCCGGGCGAGCAGGCUGAAACGACUGCGCUGACCGAGCUGGCUGCGAAAUGUGAGUAG